AUGGUGGUUGUGCUCUUUGCUUUCCACAAAAUGCACCCCCUGGCCACUGGUACCCGACAAGAAGAAGAAGGAGAAAAAGCUGGUUUAGAAGCGCAAAAUUCUAACACGCUUGACGUGUUCACGGAGGAACCACCCCGGGACCGGGCCUUGGUGGACCACGAGAAGGUCAUCAGCUGCCCCCACCUGGGCGCCAGCACCAGGGAGGCCCAGAGCCGCUGCGGGGAGGAAAUCGCCAUCCAGUUCGUGGACAUGGUGAAGGGGAGGUCCCUGGCCGGUGUGGUGAACGCCCAGGCUCUUACCAGUGCCUUCUCUCCACACACCAAGCCUUGGAUUGGUCUGGCUGAAGCUCUGGGGGCACUGAUGCAAGCCUGGGCUGGGUCCCCCAAAGGGACCAUCCAGGUGGUAACACAGGGAACGUCCCUGAAGAAUUCUGGGACCUGCCUGAGCCCCGCUGUCAUCGUCGGCCUCCUGAAGGAAGCUUCCCAUCGGGCGGAUGUGAACUUGGUGAACGCCAAGCUGCUGGAGAAAGAGGCUGGCCUCGAUGUAACCACCUCCCACAACCCUGCUGCGGGGGAGCAGGGCGGUGCGGAAUGCCUCCUGACCGUGGCCCUGGCAGGUGCCCCCUAUCAGGCCGUGGGCUUGGUCCAGGGCACUGCACCCAUGCUGCACGCACUCAACGGAGCUGUCUUCAGACCAGAAGUGCCUCUGCGCCGAGGCCUGCCCCUGCUCCUGUUCCGGGCUCAGCCCUCCAACCCUACCAUGCUGCCGACCAUGAUUGGCCUCCUGGCAGAAGCAAGGGUGCAGCUGCUGUCCUACCAGACCUCAGUGGUGUCGGAUGGGGAGACCUGGCACGCCAUGGGCAUCUCCUCCCUGCUGCCCAGCCUGGAGCCCUGGAAGCAGCACGUGACUGAGGCUUUCCAGUUCCAUUUCUAACCUGAGGCUCACCCGCAGCAGCCUCGCCGGGUUUCCUGAUGAAACAUACCCACUGGGAGAGGCGAUCCGCUUUCCUGGGGCUGACACCGCUUAUGCUGCAGACUCCUGCGGUGCAAUGAUAACCACUCAAUAAAGAGCUUGCCCAAU